CUCCUGCACCUGCAUCAUCCCCUGAAGAGCAGAUCUCACGUUCAGCCCCUGAGGCAACGAAUGAGUAUCUUCAGAAAAAAAGAGUCUCACAGAGGCAAAGCCUAAACAUCAUGUCAGCUGAUAUACCAUCAAACUUAUCACUUAUUGCAAUGCCCAGUCGCACCUCCCCAGAAUCAAUCAGCCCAGACAGCUUAGAGGUUGAUGCAGGAACCAUAUAUGUGCCCUGUGAUGGUCAUGGUGAACUACUGGAAGCUAAACCCAAACAAGAAAACCAGGUUGAUCGCUCCACAUCUCCAUUGCCAGUCUCCUUCUCUUCAACUUCAGCGCAGACUGAAUGGCAGUGGGAUGUGGAGCUUCAGAGCCUGCGUAGAGAACUGAAGGCUGAGCACGAGAGGAAUCAGACUGAAGAAAAGGAGUUAAGACUCAGUGAGGCCAGACUCCAAGCUGAGCUUAGUGACAGCAAGGAAUGUCUUCAGAGGACAGAGUUAAAGAUUCAAGAUGCAGAAACUCUUCUGAAGGAGCGUGAGGAGGUGCUGGAGAGUCUGCGUGGGCAGUUGGAAGAGGUAACGGGUCGCCUUAAAGCAACCGAAGAGGCACAAGCCUUGAAAGAGGUCAGGCUACAGAGGCACCUGCGCCUCCUUCAAGAGAGCCAGGAACGAGAAAGGAGGAGCUUCAGUGACAGCCUCGACCAAUCAGAACAGCGUUCGAAGGAACUAGAGGAGCGUCUCAGGCAGAAAGAGGCUGAACUGCAGAAAAGGCCAACAGGGGACAUUACUGAUGAACUUCUGCGAAGGUGCCAGGAGCUACAAAACCAGCUGGAAGAGUCAGACAGUGAGGUUUGUCGUCUGCAGGCACGCCUCCAAACUGAAGAGACUCUUUAUUAUGAUAUGGAGCAUGAUUAUGAAAGAGCUUGUGAGGAGCUACAGACCCUGCGGGGUGCUCUGCUGGACUGCGAGAGGGUAAGCGAGGAGCGCUUUCAAACCCAGCUGGUGCAACAACAGAAAGAGAUAGACAGGAAGGAACAAGAACUACAGGAAGUGCUUCUUAAGAUGGCCAUCUUGGGCAGUAGUUUAGAGGAGACCGAGCAAAGGCUCAAGCAAGCUCAAUCUUCUGAAGCUAAUGUUUUCUGUGAGGCAUUGAUUGAGCCACAACAGUGCAGACAGAAAUGGCAGAGUGAUUUGGAAAUGCAACCCACUACUCAGGUAGACGAGUCCCAUAGAGUGAUCUCUGUAAUCCAGGCGCUAGAGAGCAAGUUGUGUGACACAGAAGAGCGACUUCGGGAGCUUACCAUGCAUCUUCAGCAGCAGCAGCAGCAACAGCUCAACACUGGACCGCAUGGACUCAGUGAUUCUUGUUUUACUGAAGCUUUAGACAGAGCCUCAGACAAAGUUAAAGCUCCCCUUUAUGAUGAUGGAAAGCCUGGAAGGCAGAGUUUGGUUGGCGAAAGUUCAGGAAGAAAUCAGUCUUUAGAGAUGGCCUGCAGUGUUUUGUCACUGGAGGCACUGAUUAUCCAACGGAUUGCCUCUGCACUUGAGCAUCCCAGCUCAAAUUUGCUUAAUAAGUUGUCAGAAGUGCAUGUCCAGGUGCUUAGGAUGGCUCAAGGAGGAAGUCAUAAUGGGUCUUUGGAUCCUAGUUACUCACAGGUCUUCUUGGACCCUCUUGAGGAAGAUCUGGUAGACAGAGCAAAGGGAUCUGAGCUUUUUAUGUCUUGCCUUGGCCAGAGAGUUCCUCAUCUGGAACCAAAAUGGAAAACAGUUCAAGCAGGGGACAGACUUGCUGACAUUAGUCCGCCAGAGCUUGCACCAUACAGUGAACAAAUGGACGAUGAAAUGGCGACCGAUCUUCUUCUAGAGGGCUCUGAGGUACAGCUUGCUUGCAGAAAGAGUCUGGUGGCAGAGCUACGUGCUCAGGCCCAUUCACUGCAGAAUCUCUCAACACAGCUACAGUCCACUGUUAGAGAAACCGAUCUUCCUGGUGAACUACCCUCAGCCAUCCUGAGGGCUGCAAUUUGUCAGGCCACUUUGGCAUACAUGGCCUGUCGUCUUCGUUCUGCCCUGCAGCAGGAGAUGAAGACUAAUGCUCAACUGAGGACGGAAGAAGCCAAAAAAUUGCAGUUGGAGUUUGAGGAGAAGCUCCAAGAGCUCCAGAAAAUCCAUGAAGAGGAGAUGAGCCGUCUUCAUGAAUAUUACAUUGAAACCUUGUCAAGGCCAAAUGCUGCAACUCUCUCAGAACUAGAGGAGAAUGAAGAGAAGGUGACUGCUCUGCAAGACCGAAUCAGAGAGCUUGAGACUGAGGUGACUUGUUUGAAGACGGAUCUUAGUAACCAGGAUGUCAAAGCCUUCAAGCUUGACCUGGAAACCAUCAAGACCACGUAUGAGCAUGGUUUCAGCAUUAUGGAAGAUAGCCACCAGCGAGUGAUUGAGGAGAUGCAGAGGCAGCAUCAGAAAGAGGUGGAGAGACUGACAGAGGAACGAGAAAGAGUACUGCAGGAGGAGACGAAUGCCACCAUUGCAGCUAUUGAGGCUAUGAGGAAAGCUCAUAAAGAGGAAAUGGAUAAGACACAGAAAGCCCUGCAAAAUGGAGCCAAUGUGGACAUCCGCCAGCUUCAUGCACAAUACAAUGAGGAGCUGGAAACUUUGCACAGGGAGCUGGAAGUGUUGUCAGAGCAGUAUUCUCAGAAAUGCCUGGAAAAUACUAAUUUGAAUCGGACUAUAGAAACAGAAAGGGAAUCAUUGAGUACAACGCAGAGAGAGAACCAGGAGCUUCACAUUCACAACCAGGAAUUAAAUGAGUUUUUGGCAUCUGAAUUGUCCCUGAUGCAUUCACGCAUGAAUGGGGAGGUGAAACAUUCACAAUCUUCUCAGGAGAAAGACGUGUAUCAGCUGGAGGUAAAUCUCAGAGUAAAGGAAUCGGAGAUUAAGUGUCUGAAACAGGAGAUCAACUCACUUAAACUGGAACUGCAGGCGGGAAAUAUGUAUUUUAAAGAACUAAACUCUGAGCUGGUUGCUUCAGAAGUCAAAACUCAAAGUGACUUAAAUAAACUAAGGAUGGCGCCAGCAAGACAACACAGUUUAAAAUACGAUCUGAUGAAAUCCAGGAGCAACCCAGACUUCCCAAAGGACCAUGCUACUCUUACGCAGACCGUCAGAUCCAAGAGUCUUAAAGAUGGACUCACAGUUCAGGAGAGGAUGAAGCUUUUUGAAUUAACCAGCACGCAAAAGAUUUGACUCUGUGUGUGUGCGUCUGUGUGAUAGAGAGAGAGAAA